UCCUCUCCAUGUUCUUUCCUUCUUCCUUCCUUGCUCCUUCCUUUUCUUGUCCCUUCCCUUGUCCUUCCUCCUCCAGGCACUGAGCUGCAGAUGGAGAUUAGGGAGGACAAAUCCCCACAGCAGAACCUCGUGGAAGAGGCCAUUUUGAGCAGCUCCAAGGGGCAGGAGUCCAAUGGGGAGGAAAUGCCAAAGGGAUCCAAACCCAUCCCAGGGUGCUCUGAGGAGAAAAGACCUCCCCUGUGCUUCAUCCAGAGAUCCAGCCUGGUGGUCCAUGAGCAGCUUCAAGCCGGGGAGAAGCCCUACAGGUGCUUGGAAUGUGGGAAGAGCUUCAGCCACACCUCCCACCUCUUCAUCCGCCAUCAACUAAACAGGGAACAGUCCUGCAAGUGUGGGGAAUGUGGGAAGAGCUUCAGCCUGAGCUCUGUCCUGGUCCAGCACCAGAAGAUCCACUCAGGGGAACGGCCCUACAAGUGCUUCAGGUGUGGCAAGAGCUUCUGCCAUACAUCCAGCCUCAUCGACCACCAGAAGACCCACAGUGAGGAACAGCCCUACAAGUGUCCUGAGUGUGGGAAGGGGUUUUGGACCAGAUCAAAUCUCAGGCGUCAGAAAACACACAUGGAGGAGAGGCCCUUCCUCUGCCCUGACUACGGCAAGGGUUUCAAACAUAACUCCACCCUCAUCAUCCACUGGCACGUCCAUACCGGGGAGAGGCCCUAUGAGUGUCCCGAGUAUAGGAAGCACUUCCGUCAGAGCUCUGCCUUAACUUUACACAAAUGGACCUACCUGUAAGGGAAGCCCUGUGAAUGUCUUGAGUGAAGGAGGAGCUUUGUGCACUGCUCCAACUCCAUCUCGCAUGGGAGGAUCCGCAUUGGAUGAUCCCCAGUGACCCCGGUUGGGCAGACACCUGAUGAGCCCCGUUCCAGGUGAUUCCCCUUGAAAAGACACCUGGCUGGUGAUCUCUACAUCCUCCUGGUUCCUCAGUAGGUACCUGGAUGAAGGCAGAGGCAGAAACCUCCAUCGAGAGUCAGUAUGACAUCAGGAAUUCAUUGGGAGGAGUGGAUUUGUUGAUUUACAACCCUAAGAGUCUCAGCUCUUCCAUCCAAUGCAUUCUUCCUUUGGCAUCAAGCAAUGUUGGAUGGUCUUGGAGGUUUUUUCCUAUUUCUGUGUAAAAAACGCUCGUGGUAGGAGACUUCUCCAGGGUCAAACUGUUCAGGUUCAAGCAUCUCAAGAUCCUUUCUAAAUUGGGAUCCAGGACUGGACAGCACUCCAGGUGUGGCCUCACCAGUGCUGAGUACACUGAUAUUCAGAAGAAGAGUUAUUGCCCUGGUCCUGCUGGCCACACUGUUCCUGAUGCAGGCUCACAGAGCAGAUGAGGAGUGACAAUAUUUAAUCAAUGGAGAAGUGUCUACAUGUGCAGAGGGGAGAGCAAGGAGUCAGUGGAUCCGAGUCUUUCUCCAGAGAAGGAGACAAUGGAGGGAGUGGGAAGGAAAGGGUUAAACACGGUGGAUGGCAAGAAGGGGCUGGAUUCCCUCAAGGGACCUGGCAGCUGGGAAUGCCAGGGGCUGGAGAAUGUCAAUGGGGGAAACCCCCUCAAUUCUGCCUAUUGCUCUUUAUCUUCCUCUGUUCUGGGAAGCAGAAUCUGUUCCACAUCCCAUCAGUCCCAAUCCUCAUCCUACCCCUCCUGGGGGUUUUGGGGCUUCUGUGGGAUUGUGUAUUUUGGGGUGUGAUUGAGGAUUUUGAGGUGGGAUCAAGCCGUUUUGAGCCUUUGGCAUCUCUCCAGCCAGGGGCACCAGGAGCACCCGGGGGGCUCCAGCCAGACCCUGCCCCCUCCAGCAAAGGGCUCACACAACCCCUCAUCCUGCCCCCAAAAUCCCUGGGGAUCCUCAUCCAUCUCUAUAUUCCCCUCUCUGAGAUCUCCCGACCAAUGGAUUGGAAGGGAGCUGUGCUCACAGGGUGAGCACAACUGCAAGUGACCAGGGAGGGGGAGCUUGCCCCAGAUAUCUUGGGUGGUCCCUGUGAGGGUUUUUCGGGGGUUCCUGCUGGCAGCUCCUGGCAGAGCCCCAGCUGUGGGCAGGGGUUGUGGGGUCUCCCCCCACCUGUGUUUUGGUCUCCCUGGGUCAGGCUCAGGAUCCACAUGGCAAUCACCUGGUGCCAGCGGGGCUGAGGGUACACUGGUUUUGGAGACCUCCAGGAGAGCUGGGUUUGUGGGAAGCGCAGGAGCCACAGAGUGGGGAGAGCAGAAAGGGGCAAUCCCAGAGCUGGGGAACCCUGGGGAGUGUAAGAGACGGUCCAAAGAUUCCCUCAUCUGUCUCACAACCAUCUCAAGGACAGAGACUGAGACCCUGAAUAUCACAAGGGACUUGGUUUGGGGGUUUGGGCCUAUCUGAGCUGGAUGUUUGCUAAGUGAUUGUUUGCAGGUGGUUGCACAGUACACUGCUCUCAUUCCUGCUGGUGAGCAGAGGCUUGUACGUGGUACCCUGUGCAAUGGGUUUUCCACAACACCUUGUCCUUGUUCCUGCUGGUGAGCAAAGACUUGCAAGACAUGGAUCGCUCUGUACCCUACACCUGCACCCUGCACAAUGGAAUUCAUCACAGUGAUCAUCAAUCUCCUCUGUUUUUGGCCCUGCGCCCCUUGCUUUGCAAAAGACUAUAAAAUUAUACCCCAAACUUACCUUCCUUUGAGAUCUCCCCAACGGACAGAAGACUCUGCGUCGUUGGACGGCUGAGUGGACUUCGACGUUGGUAGCUAUAAUCCCCUUACUCUCUUUUCCUUAUGCUUUGCUUUCUCCUCUUUUCUCUCUAUCGCAUAUUAGUGCUGUUGAGCACUCAAUAAAGUGUGUUUUGUUGUUUAA